AUGUUUCAAUUGCAGUUAGAAACUAGACUCAAUGAAAAAGAUCAAUUUUUUAUGCCUCUGGAUAUUGCCAAUAAUGAAAAGGCAAAAGAGAGUGAAAAACAAACAAAUAUGGGAAAGGGAAAACUUGUCUCUGAGAAAAUUAAGCUCCUUCUUGCCUUGGUUGCUCUGCAAUUCUGCUAUGCAGGAUUUCACAUUGUGUCUAGAGUUGCCUUAAACAUUGGCGUUAGUAAAGUCGUCUACCCGGUUUAUCGAAACGCGAUUGCUUUAGCUCUGUUGAGUCCUUUUGCUUAUUUUCUGGAGAAGAAUGAAAGGCCUCCUCUUACUUUUUCUUUGUUGCUUCAGUUCUUCCUUCUAGCUUUAUUGGGGAUCACUGCCAAUCAAGGAUUUUAUCUCUUGGGGCUGAAUUAUGCAUCUCCAACUUUUGCUUCUGCAAUGCAAAACUCAGUUCCUGCUAUUACUUUUAUCAUGGCUUCUGUUCUGAGGCUCGAGAAAGUGAACUUCAGAAGGAGAGAUGGUCUGGCAAAGCUUCUGGGAACCAUUGGAAGUGUUGGAGGUGCAACUGUGAUCACUCUCUAUAGAGGACCUCCUCUUCUCCACAACAACUACCAAACUCAAGGAAGUAGUAUUUUGGAGAUGGAUGACCCUACAGCAAAAAUGCAGAAUUGGAGAUGGGGUUGUAUAUACCUGCUAGGCCACUGCCUUUCUUGGGCUGGUUGGAUGGUUUUUCAGGCUUCUGUGUUGAAAAAAUAUCCAGCAAAACUAACACUAACUUCAUACACAUGCUUCUUUGGACUGAUCCAAUUCCUAGUCAUAGCUGGCUUUGUGGAAACAGACUACCAGUACUGGAAAAUCCAAUCUGCAGAAGAACUCUUCACCAUUUUAUAUGCUGGUGUUGUAGCCUCUGGAAUUGUGAUCUCUCUCCAAACAUGGUGCAUCCACAAAAGUGAUCCUGUCUUUGUUGCUGUCUUCCAGCCUCUGCAAACAUUCCUAGUUGUCAUCAUGGCAUUUCUCAUCCUCGGCGACCAGUUGUUCUCCGGCGGGCUUAUUGGUGCUGUUCUUAUAACACUUGGGCUGUACUCAGUUUUGUGGGGGAAAAGUGAAGAAAAGGCAUUGGAAGAACAGGACAAAUCUUUGAAACAGCCCCUUUUGGAAGCCCAAAAUGGGGACAAAGAAGACAAUGUUGUUUCAGACAUACCAUGAACAACUGUAAUAUUUUCAUGAUCUUCAUCUAUAUAUACUUACUUUAGCAGAAGAGUUGUGAAGAAGAAAAGCCAUUGGCUGAUCCUACAAGAUGAAGGAUGCUGUCUUGUUAGAGAUAAAAAAGAAAGAAAAAACAAUGGCAUAAAUUUCAACUUUUUUGUAACCCCAAAUGUUUCUGCUCCAAACAAGAAAUAUGGGAGUUGUUGUUUGGGACAAUCUUAAAACAUACUAAAUUGUCUAGUUUCUUGCAUUGUUUUGUCUGUCUCUGGUUCCUUUUGUUUGGGAGAACAGAAAAAACAAUCAGGUUGAACAAACCGAAUCGUUUGUUAAC